AGCGGAAGCGUCUCAGACCGAGCAACGCAUGGAGAAUCAAUUGUCUUCACGGUCUAUGGAUAACUAUGUGAGAAGUGCGGGGAGUGGAAAACUGCACGUGCUUUGUCAAACUUUGGAGUACCCACGAGGGUGUGGCUUUUCAAGACAACAGAAAACAAACAUUCAGAACAAUUGUGAUUUUCUUGGACUUCCGACAUUGUCUGACAAGACGCACACAUGGCUGAAACCGAGAAGUUGCGAAAGGAUGCGGAUAUUUGCCUAAGUGAUCUAAAAAAUGAGAAAGGAGAUGAAACGAAGAAAGAAAAAGAGCCACCAAUACCCCAGGUUGGCCCCAUUGAAUUGUUCAAAUUUGCUGACAAAAUAGAUGUUGCACUGCUUGUCUUUGGGACCAUAAUGUCUGUGGCCCAUGGCGCUAUCAUGCCUGUUAUGUGUCUUUUGUUUGGGGAAAUGACGGACAAUUUUGCAGAACAUUCCGCAAUAGAGGAAUUCAACACCACUCUCUAUAAUGAUACUAGCAUAAACGCAAAUGUGACCUUAGGGGACUUCAUGAGCACCUUUGCCACCUAUUACUCCAUUUUGGGGGCCAUCGUAAUAGUGACCGCCUUCGCAGAAGUUGCUUGCUUUACGGUGUCAGCGGGACGACAGGUCAGGCGCAUCCGCAUACGUUGUUUCCACAGUAUCUUACGACAGGACAUCGGCUGGUUUGAUGUCAAUGACACAGGAACACUCAACACUCAUAUCAUAGAUGACGUCUACAAGAUCCAAGAGGGUAUUGGAGAACAAAUAGGGUUGUUUCUCCAGUCCUUUUCCACUUUUCUCCUGUCUUUCAUCGUGAGCCUAUUCAAAGGCUGGAAACUGACUCUGGUCGUCUUGGCUGUAUGCCCAUUGCUUGCUCUUACAGCUGCACUUUUCAGUCAGAUGGUGACAUCAUUCACUACUAAAGAACAGGCUGCUUAUGCCAAAGCGGGUGCUGUGGCUGAGGAGGUGCUUUCUGCCAUCAGGACUGUUUUUGCUUUCAAUGGACAGCAUAAAGAGAUCAACAGGUAUCAUAAGAACUUAGAGGAAGCCAAGAACAUGGGAAUAAAGGCAGCAGUAAGCACAAGCCUUAUCAUGGGCUUCACCUUCCUGAUGAUCUACCUGUCUUACGCUCUGGCCUUCUGGUAUGGAAGUACACUCAUUCUGAGUCAGGAGUACUCUGUUGGAACCGUGCUGUCAGUUUUAUUUGCUUUACUCAUUGGGGCAUCUGCUUUGGGACAGACCUCACCAACUAUCCAGUCCUUUUCCGGCGCCCGAGGAGCUGCAUACAAAAUCUAUAACAUUAUUGACAGAAAACCGACCAUCGACAGCUAUUCAGAAAGUGGCUUCAAACCUGACUCGAUCAAUGGAAAUGUAGAGUUCAAGAAUGUCCACUUUACCUACCCCUCAAGGCCUGACGUCAAAGUAUUAAACAACCUGUCCCUGACCGUGAAAACCGGACAGACCAUUGCAUUAGUGGGAAGCAGUGGUUGUGGUAAAAGCACCACCAUCCAGCUGUUGCAGAGAUUUUAUGAUCUUCAGGAGGGAUCUAUAUCUAUUGAUGGUCAUGACAUCUGUUCUCUCAAUAUCCGCUACCUGAGAGGAAUAAUUGGCGUGGUGAGUCAAGAGCCCGUCCUUUUUGGCACCACCAUAACUGAGAACAUCCGGUACGGCCGAAUCGACGUCACACAAGAAGAGAUAGAAACUGCUGCCAAGGAGGCCAACGCUUACGACUUCAUCAUGACCCUUCCUGAUAAGUUUGAGACGCUUGUCGGGGAUCGAGGGACUCAGAUGAGUGGAGGACAGAAGCAGAGAAUAGCAAUUGCUCGGGCACUUGUCCGCAACCCCAAAAUCCUUCUGCUGGAUGAAGCAACAUCUGCGCUCGAUGCUGAGAGCGAGACUAUUGUGCAGGCUGCGCUCGACAAGGCCAGACUGGGUCGUACAACCAUAGUUGUGGCUCAUCGUCUCUCAACUAUCAGAAAUGCUGAUGUGAUCGCUGGCUUCAAAAAAGGAGAAAUUGUGGAGUUUGGGACUCACAAUGAACUGAUGGAAAAACACGGUGUCUACUAUACUCUUGUCUCUAUGCAGACGUUUGAAAAAGCCAUAGAAAAGGAGCACGAUGAGUCGCUGCCCAUUGAAAAUUCCCCAAUCUCAGAAAAGUCUGAAUCUUCCCUAAUUAUGAGGAAGUCAACGAGAGGUUCUUCCACUGCUGGCUUAGAAGGAAAGAAAGAAGAGAAAGAAACAUUGGUGGAUGCAAAAGACAUAAUAGAGGAUGAUGAAAGUCUUCCCUCUGUGUCCUUCUUCUCAGUAAUGCGUUUGAACGGGUCUGAAUGGCCUUACAUUUUGGUUGGCACCAUCUUUUCUAUACUCAACGGAAUAGUCAUGCCUAUGUUUGAGAUUAUCCUCUCCAAAUAUAUUGUUGUGUUCAUCGAUCCAAAUCAAGAGGAGGUUAGAAGAAAAUCUCUAAUACUUUCAAUUAUAUUUGCGGUUCUUGGAGUUGCCUCUUUUUUUACUCUGUUUUUUGAGGGUUUCUGUUUUGGGAAAUCUGGAGAAAUCUUGACCAUGAAAAUGAGACUUGCAACUUUCACAGCCAUGAUGAAGCAGGACCUUAAAUGGUACGAUGAUCCCAAAAACAAUGUUGGGGCGCUCACAACUAGGCUGGCCCUGGAUGCGGCUCAAGUACAGGGGGCUACCGGAGCACGCCUAUCUACACUAGUUCACAAUAUUGUUAACAUGACCACCUGUAUAAUUAUUGCCUUUGUGUAUGGCUGGCAACUGACCCUGCUGGUACUGGUCUUAGUGCCAUUCAUGAUAGCGGCUGGAGUCAUGCAGAUGCAGAUAGUAGGUGGACAAGCUGCUGAAGACAAGAUUGAGCUGGAGAAAGCUGGAAAGAUUCUUACAGAAGCCAUCGAGAACAUCCGUACUGUUGCAUCUCUGACCAGAGAACCAAUGUUUGAGACUUUGUAUGCCGAAAACCUCGAAGUUCCAUACAAAAACUCACAGAAAAGGGCCUGUCUGCAGGGCUUUGUCUUUUCCGUAACGCAAGCCAUCCUGUGCUUUGCUUAUGCAGCAUGUUUUCGGUUUGGAGCAUGGCUUAUUGAAAAUGGACACAUGGACCUUGAAGGAGUGUUCAUGGUGACUAUGGUGCUUCUUUAUGGCGCUAUGAAUAUUGGAGAGGCAAAUUCCUAUACUCCAAACUAUGCAAAGGCUAAAGUGUCCGCUGCUCAUAUCAUAAAGCUACUGAAAAGACGGCCUGCGAUUGAUAAUCUUUCACAGGAGGGAAAAUCAUUGGACCAAUUUGACGGGAACGUGCAAUUGGAGAGUGUUAUGUUUACCUACCCUUCAAGGCCCAAUGUGCCUGUCCUCCAAGGGCUGAAUUUGAAAGUGAGCAAGGGAGAAACCCUGGCCCUGGUAGGAAGCAGCGGUUGUGGUAAAAGCACCACCAUCCAGCUUCUGGAGAGGUUCUACGACCCCAUGCGAGGAAAAGUGAUGCUCGAUUCUGUAAGUGUGAAAGAGCUGAACAUCCACUGGCUGAGGUCUCAGAUAGGCAUUGUGUCCCAGGAGCCUGUACUCUUUGACUGCAGUUUAGCUGACAAUAUUGCCUAUGGAGACAACAGUCGGACUGUUACUAUAGAGGAGAUUAAGACUGCUGCUGAGGCAGCCAACAUUCACAGCUUCAUAGAAGAUUUGCCAAAGAAAUAUGACACUCAGGCAGGCGACAAAGGGACCCAGUUGUCAGGAGGUCAGAAACAACGAAUAGCCAUUGCCCGAGCCAUCAUCCGCAACCCUAAACUUUUGCUUCUGGACGAGGCCACGUCUGCGCUAGACACCGAAAGUGAGAAGGUGGUACAAGAGGCCUUGGACAAAGCCAGGCAGGGCAGGACGUGUAUUGUUGUCGCCCACCGUCUCUCCACCAUCCAAAAUGCAGACUGCAUUGCUGUCUUUAAGGGAGGGGUCGUUGUCGAACAAGGGACACACCAGCAGUUGCUAGCCAAAAAGGGAGUCUACCACAUGCUGGUCACCACUCAGAUGGGCCAUGAGGGGGUUUAAGCUGAUCACUUUGUUUCUACAGGUCUGCAAAGGCAGACUACAUUUUGUAUUUUUUGUUUAGUCACUGACGUUUUGAAUGUACUGUCCUAGCAUUGGCAUAAGUGUUGUGUCCAUUAGCUCAAACUAAUUUGAUUCUCGUCUAUGAAAGGGACACUUAAGCUAGCGGUUUUUAGUUUCUGUCAUUUUUUUUUUUUUUAAAUGAGUGUCUUAAGCCCCUUUCAGACAACGCUGAACUCCGGUUAAAUGCCGGGAUUUAAACGGGUUACGCUUAUGCAGAUUACGACUCAAAAAAGCAAUGUAGUUACUUUACUGAUUACUUUAUUAUCAAAGUAAGUAAGUUACUUAAAACAUAAUUUAUCAGUUACUUUUUAUCAUUUUUUCCUCCCUUUGGCUAAUCAACAUAAGAAUGACAACAGAAAAAUGUCUUUGCUUGUAAUUGAAUUUUUCACAUAAGUCUUAGUCUUCGAGGUAGCGGGGGUUUAAUUAGUCGAUGAAGUUGAUUUCAACCGCGCUAGUUUAGCUAUUCCGGAGCCCUGAAACUAACAAAUAACUGUCAUAAACAGGGGUGCACAUAAUUUUUUUGCCCAGGUUCUCGGAGGAGGACCUGGAGAUGUGACUUGGUCCUCAUUGAGCUUGAGAGCCGACCCGCCUGAUGCGAUAAAUUUAUGACAAGCUUUACUUAGAGCCAAUUAACUUUAAUUAAUUAUAUUAACAAUUAAUGCUUGAUUAACAUCAACUGGCACAACAAAAUUGCCAUUACUUUGAAGUGAAAUGUAAAGAAAUAAAAAGCACCAAUUCAAAAUAAAGGGCAUUAUGCCAUUCCCACAUUAACUCCAAGCCUUUUUAAAAGUGGGAUGUCCUCCUCAUAAGACAUCAUUGAACGUGCAUGUUUAGCUUUGUAAAAUGCGAGCAAAAACACGUUUGUCAGUGCAUAUCGCUGUUCAUUACCUUUAUUCCGCCCUAUUCCGCCACUUGUCCAUAGUGCGAGUGGGGUCCUGUCUGACAUCGAUAGUUUGCUUAAUUGCCACAUGCUCUGUUUUUUUCGUGCUUUUCAAAGUUUGGAUGGCUGAAAUUCUUUGACCCUACAUAAAAUGCACUGCUCUUAUCGGCGACAUUGGGAUUCUCACGCCGCAUUUCCGUGUGAGCAUCAUUUGCUUCUAGCCAUGGUACCUCCUGUAGCCAAUUUUCAGCAAAAGUCCUUUUUUUCGGUAGCUCCGGUGACGUCUCUGUCGUCUGUCUGUCUUUUGACGGGGGUGGGGGAACACGGAAGUAAUUACUCAGUGUGGCCUGCCUCUUCGACAUUUUGAGAAGUUAUUUUCUCGUGUCCGCCGCAAAUAAAGUGGUCAGCCAUCGGUACGCAAAAGCGUAUGGAAGCCGUUGAGGGCCAGCGCGUUUGUCUACGUCCAGUACGCAUGCGCGCAUGCGGACCACUUAUGUGCACCCCUGGUCAUAAAUAAUAAUAAUAAAUAAUAAUAAUGUAAUAAAUUCUGAACUUUUUAAAUAAAGACCUAGCCGUUAAAAUGCUGUCUAUAAAAGUUGUAAGGCAAUAAAACAAACAACAAAAAUGAAUGAAAUGAACAAGAAUCCUUCAGUUAAUGAGUCUAUAUUAUUUUUCGGACAGAUCAUGUGACUGGCACCUUAGAGACAGUCCUUUGCUUUGCUUAGCCAAAACUACAGCUGAGGAGGCAAGAUGGAUAUUAAAAAAUUUCUUCAAACCUAAGCUUUCAAAAGCUUCAACAACAACUGAGCUUGAACCGAGGAUUGAACACGAACAGUAUCUGGAUAUACAAAGUACAGGCCAAAGGUUUGGACACACCUCAUUCAAUACAAUACAAAUAAUCGUCCCACCUCCAUUGAAAAGGCAACAAAUUCCACUUAUUUACCCUGAUAAGAAAUACCUGUGAAGUGAAAACCUUUUCAGGUGUCUGUAUCUUGAAGCUCAUUGAGAGAGUGCCAAAAGUGUGCAAAAAAGUAAUACAAGCAACUUACUUUGAAGAAAGUAUAAUGUAAAACCUGUUAUUAGUUAUUUUGCUUUUUCUUUUCUUUUUUUUUCUAAUUACAGUAACGCGCUACUUAGUAACACGUCAGUGACAACACUGCCCUAAUAGCUGAAAUUUCCCAGUCGACUGACGCUGACAUUAACCGGGUUGCAUCCUAGUACAGUGGAAUGAUAAAGGAUCUGAACCUCUUGGAAUUUCUCACAUUUCUGCAUAAAAUCACCAAAUCUUUGUCAGAAUCACACAGAUGAAAAAACUGUCUGCUUUAACUAAAACCACCCAAACGUUUAUAGGUUUUCAUAUUUUAAUGAGGAUAGUAUGCAAACAAUGACCGGGGGGGGGGGGUGUAAGUGAACCAUCACAUUUACUAUUUUGUGCCCCCUGCCCCCUCCCUUUGGCAGCAAUAACUUCAACCAGACGCUUCCAAAUGAGCUGCAAAUCAGUUUGGCACAUCGAUCAGGACUAAUCUUGGCUACAAAACUGCUGUAGUUCAGUCAGAUUCCUUAGAUGUCUGGCAUGAAUUGCUGUCUUUUGGUCAUUCCACAGCAUCUCAAUGGGGUUCAAGUCUGGACUUUGACCUGGCCACUCCAGAAAGUGUAUUUUGUUCUUCUGAAACCAUUCUGAAGUUGAUUUACUUCUGUUUUUUUUGGAUCGUUGUCUUGUUGCAGCAUCCAUUUUCUUUUUAGCUUCAACUGUCUGACAGAUGGCUUAAGGUUUUCCUGCAAAACAUCCUGAUAAACUUUUUAAUUUAUUCUUCCAUUAAUGAUUGCAAGUCGUCCAGGCCCUGAGGAGGCAAAACAGCCCCAAAUCAUGAUGCUCCCUCCACCAUGCUUCACGGUGGGGAUGAGGUGUUGAUGUUGUUGAAUUGUUCCAUUUUUUUUCCUCCACACAACGUUGUGUCUUACUCCCAAACAAUUCAACUGUGGUUUCAUCAGUCCACAAAAUAUUUUGCCCAAACUUCUGUGUAGUGUCUAAGUGCCUUUUUGCAAACAUUAAACGAGCAACAAUGUUUUUUUUUAGACAGCAGUGGCUUCCUCCGUGGAGUCCUCCCAUGAUCACCAUUCUUGGCCAUAGUUAGUUUUACACAUAGUUGAUGUGUGCACAGAAAUACUGGACUGUGCCAGUGAUUUCUGUAAGUCUUUAGCAGACACAUUAGGGUUCUUUUUUACCUUUGACCAUUCUGCGCUCAACUCUUCGCGUCAUCUUUGGUGGACGGCAACAGUGCCAAACUCUCUCCAUUUGUAGACAACUUCUCUGACUGUAGAUUGAUGAACAUCCAGACUUUUAUAGAUGCUUUUGUAUACUUUCCCUGUGAAGGGAAUAGUUACCUUUCUCUCACACACCAUAUAACUGUUUGCAUUGCUCUAACACACGUAACAUAAUCAAUCAGGGAAUAGUAUCAUUUCUCAUAUUUACUGUAGGAUAGUUUAUAUUACUCUAACACACCUAAUAUAAAAUAAAUAGCACUUACACCAUAGUUUAAUGAAAAGAAGCAGAAUAGAGGAUACACAACGCCAUCUUAUCACAGAAGCCCAACACGUCAUGAGCAAGAUUGACGCACCAACUCUUGCAAUCACUUCUCCCAGGCAUUCCAGGACAAAGAGCAGGGCGCUCUGUCCUAAAACAAGUAGUAUUGCCCAACCAGGAUAACAAGUUGAUAGCGCGGGCGCCUUGGACGUCAAGACCUGCAUCGCUCACCGUGGCAACCACGUCCCAGCCACAAAGGAUGACUCACGAACCUGACCUGCCACAGAGGGAUGAUUCCAAGACAACACCCAGCCAUGCCUUCGGCCCUGCCCACUCCACCGCAGCUUUCAAAAAGAAGUGAACAUUUAGAUAACACUGUCGCUGCUCGGGAACAUUCCAAUGUGCCCGUUGUUUUGCGGACCUUGGAUCUGACACUGCCUCUCCGUCGUCGGGGCGAAUUCCUUCACCAGCUUUAUACAAAUCAACAAUCCUUGAUCACAGGUCUUCAGUUUUAUAGUGGGCAAGGCAGCUUUAAAGCACUCGUCAGUGAUUGGGUGCACACCUGACUUGAAAGAGCAAUUUUUUCCCCCAAACAAUUUAAGUCUCCUUAGCCAAAGGGUUCACUUACAUAUUUUUCCCGCUUCUGUCAUUGUUUGCAUGCUAUUUUCAUUAAAAUAUGAAAACCUAUAAAUGUUUGGAUCACAAUUAUCAACAUGCCAACCUGGAAAGAUAGCUAAAUUAAACAGGAAACCUAAUGAAAUGAAAUUGCUACUGGGUCUUAGAGUCAAGUAAGGGACAGUCCAUCGUCUUUGGAAAUGUGUGGUCUAUUUUGUUGCCGAUGCCGAUCUCUCCCCCUGCCCUCACCGUACAGAAAGCGGCGACUUGCCAACACUGGGACAAGUCUGAAAGUGUCCAACGUGGGUAAUUCCCAGUACAUCUCCCUAUAGCUGAAAGCCAUGACACGAAUAAAUCCCGCGUAACCUUACACAGGAAUUUAGCGGCAUAUAAGUCUGAAAGGGGCUUUAGAGUGCUUUUCCUUUAAUCAUUUUUAAAGUAUAGAAUUUUUUCCCCUCUUGUUGCUGCUCAUUAGACCUGGUGGGAUGACAACUCAGGGGUGGAGAAAAAAAAAACAGUCAUCACUGCAUGGUCUGGUCUCACUUAGCUACAGGUAGUUAAACGGGGAAGCUCCCUUACCAAACACUUCAGUUUAAGAUAUAAAGGGCAUGCAAAUUUUAGCAUAUUAUUUUGUCAUGAUGCUGGUAUAAAGAAAACAAUGUCAGUACUAUUUAUAUCAAGGAAAAAAAGAGAUGGACAGCUUUUCGUUCUGUCACAUUAAAGGGAAGAUUUUAGAGUUUUGAAACUUGAAGAAUGGUUUGAAUGGUGCCUCAUGUAACCAAUUCUGCCUCUUUUGGGUCCGACCUAAAAAGUUGCACUCAUGACUGACAUGUCACGAGACAAUGAAUGUGCAAUGUUUUUGCUAAAUAGACAGAAAAUGUCAAGUUUCAGCAUAAUAGCAUUUCUUGGUAAGAUGCUGAGACAGCAUUUAGGGCUGCCACGUACUUAGAGGCAUAAAAAUUCCUUCAGAAAAAUAUCAAAAUCUUUGAAAUUACUUGAAAUAUGUUAUUUGAAAAUGGCCAGAAGGCCUGCUAGGUUUUAUGUAUGUACAUACCUGAAGGAACAGCAGACUGAUUAUCUUUUUAAUUAAUCAAAAUAAGCUAUUUCCAAACAUCUGCUUUUUCUUGGGAAAACAGUGCUACAAAGUUGCACAGUAUUCAUAGUCCGUUUCUCAAUACAUAACGAUUUUUCGGUCUAUAAGUCGCAGUUUUUUUUCCCAUAGUUUGGCUGGGGGUGCGACAUAUUCAGGAGCGACUUAUUAAUUCACAUGUUAUUUUGGUGUUUUGGAGUGACACGAAUGGUUUGGUGAACUUGUUCAAUCAAUCAAUCAAUCAACUUUAUUUGUAUAGCACAUUUAAAAAUCCGCCAAGGAGACCAAAGUGCUUUACAUAGCAAAACACAGCAAAAUAAGUCAACUUUGAAAGAUAAAACAAACACAUAAAAUAAAAUAAAUAAAAGACGAGGUCAUAAACUGUCAUUGCACAUUAAAAGCUGACGAAAAAUAAAAUGUUUUAAGACGUGAUUUAAAAUCCGUAAGUGAGGGGGCCUGUCUAAUAGUAAGUGGUAAUUGGUUCCACAGCCUGGGCGCCAUCACCGCAAAUGCACGGUCACCCCUAAGCUUCAGCCUUGAUCUUGGGACUACUAGAAGCAGGUGGUCAGCUGAUCUGAGGGUUCUGGUUGGACUGUAAGGCUGAAGCAGUUCUGACAAAUAUGGCGGCGCAAGAUUAUUCAAACAUUUAAAAACAAAUAAUAAUAUCUUAAAAUGUAUUCGGUAAUGUACCGGGAGCCAGUGAAGAGAUGCUAAAAUUGGGGUGAUAUGUUCACGCCUGCGGGUUCUAGUUAGGAGUCGAGCAGCAGAGUUUUGUACAAGUUGCAGACGGGCCAGUGCCGCCUGACCGACACCUGCAUACAAAGAAUUACCGUAAUCCAGCCGAGUUGUGACAAAAGCAUGAAUCAAUUUUUCCAUAUCAGAGCGUGAAACAAUAGAUUUCACCUUAGCAAUCUGGCGAAGCUGAUAAAAACAGUCCCGAACAACACAAGAAAUCUGCUUCUCCGAUUUAAAAUCAGCAUCAAAUUGGACCCCUAGAUUUUUGACAUAAUUCUUAAGAAACGGAGACAAUGAACCGAGGUCAACAUUCAGGGAGGCCUGGCUACUCGGUUUGAACACCAUGACUUCAGACUUACUGUCAUUCAAACUUAAAAAAUUACAUGAGAGCCACGACUUUAUAUCGUUGAGGCAUUCAAUAAGUUGACAGAAAGUGCCAUUCUGCGCCAAUGGAAAAUAGAUCUGACAGUCAUCAGCAUACAAAUGAAAUGAAACACCAUGUUUUCUAAAAACAGAACCAAGAGGCAAUAAAUAAAGUGAAAAUAAAAGAGGGCCGAGAACAGAUCCCUGGGGAACCCCAUGUGGAAGCGAUGCCUUUUUGGACAUGAAAUUGCCCAUUUUCACACAAAAACUCCGUUCAUUUAGGUAAGACUUAAACCAUUCAAGAGCGACACCUUGAAUACCCACACUGUGUUCAAGACGAGAAAUUAAAAUCUGAUGGUCUACGGUAUCAAAUGCUGCAGAUAAAUCCAAAAGAACUAAAACAUGUUAGCAUGUUCUUUAUGCUAAAGUUAUCUGAAUAAUAACUAAUAUCUAUCUAAUAUUAGAUAUUAACUAAUAUCUGGGAGUUAACUCAUUAACUCCCAGCCAUUUUCACCGGAGCAAGGCCCUUCGCUCCCGGCCGUUUUACUGGAUUUUGACAGAUUUUGCAAGGCCCACAGAAAAUUCUGUUCUAUUGCUAUAUAAACAUGGAACCCACUGAAAGAAAGAUUACGCUCUUCUUUCAGCAGAAAAAAAAAAUCCAUAUCUUUUUCCAUUCUUUAGAAAUCAGCAUUAAAAAAUAGCUUAAUUUGAGCAAUUUUCCAAUUUCUGAUGAAAAAAUUGAGAAAAUGAGCUUUUUGUGAAAGCAUACAUUUCAAACAUAACUUUGACCUAUACACAGCUAUUUUUUGCUUUAGUUACGUCCCAAACAUUUGAAUAAUGUUUUCCUUUUACAAAAUAAGAUAAACAACAAGAAAAAUAGAGCUUUUGAUAGCAAAGUAACAAUUUAUUUACACAUAACUAACUGAACGAUGACUCUGUUAUGGCCACGACAGUCGAUUAAACUUUUUCCUUAUCGCCGUCUGUCUCAUAAAGAUAUUUUUUUUUUAGUUUCUGCGGGCUUUGCUCGCGAGCAGCACAGGCUCAAAGACAUCGUCCACUGCACUAGUGGUCCAGGUCGUUGUGCUCUGUCGUCCAGCGCCUUGCAUCCCGGGCGUCCUACCGAUUGUUCUGCUCGGUCGUCCGCCACCUGGCAUCCAUUCAGUUUAUUCCGCCGGUGCCCGGCUGGGCGGCUCGGCAGUUCAUUGCUGUUGAAUCGGGUUGCGGGUCUUACCAAAUGCGCUACUACCCUCCAGUGGCCAGUUUUAUUGCUUUAAAAUGGAUUUUCAGCUUUGUGCUUUAGAGCUAGAUUGAAUCACGACCCAGAGAUGCCUUUUUGGGGAAAAAAAAACGUAAAAGACGUAGAAAUACAUCUUUGGGACACUGAAACAAUUAAAAAUAGAACGUAUUUAUAUGUUUUUGGGAGCAAAUGAGUUAAUAGCCGUUACGUUAACAUACCGGCCACGUUCGCAUUUUGUUGUUCAUCAAUCAUUUAACAUUAUCAUAUUGUACACUUAUUUAGAAUAUGGUUCUCUAUUGUAUUUUUUAUUUUAAAUUGCCUUUCAAGAUGACCUAUCUGUUCUUUGUGUUUGAUUUUUUUUUUUUUUUUUUUUUUUUUUUUUAAGUAAAUUUCCCCAAAAAAUGCAACUUAUACUCCAGGGUGACUUAUAUAUGUUUUCCUCUUCAUUGGCCAUUUUAUGGCUGGUGCGAUUUAUACUCAGGUGCGACUUAUAGUCCGAAAAAUAUGUUACAUAAUUUAUGGGUCCAAUGUACCAUUUACAGUUAAAAUGCAAUAGCAAAGUAAUUGAAUCGCAAAUAGUGAGUACGCUAAUAUUUAAGGAAUUGCUUGUGGCAGCCCUAAUAGUAUUAGCACUAUAACAAAGCUGACGUUGCCCAUGGCUGCUUUUUUGGUAGCGUAACUUGAAGGUAAAUGAUGCUCACAAUACAGCAAUUUUUGAACCUUUUUGGGGUACUGUACAAUCAAAUAAAAAUCAAAAGUGAUAAACUUAGAGCAGAAAUAUUGCUUCUAAUCUGAAUACUCUGCUGCUGCUGCCAUCACUGGAGUGAUAGAAUGACAAAAACAUUGACAUCUGCCAUGAGCGUUGGGGUUAUUGGUUGACAAAAAUACUAAUCCAGGCCUUUGGCCAAAUUCAUACCAUUCAUGUGUUAAGUGUGUGCAGAACUGCAAACUUCCUUUUUAAGCAUCCAAAAAUGUAUUCAUUGUACAGCACAACUGUUUUCUCGUAUAAUUUCCAGGAAAGUCUUAGUUUUACAGUUAUUACUGCGUGAUGUAAUGGUUUAAAAAAGAAAAAAAUACUGCAUUUAAGUUGAAUUCAGAACUCAAAGAAAAAUGUGCAGGUAAUCUGCAACUUUUUGUGUUUCAACAUGGUUCAGCUCAAAAUAGGAGUGGGAACCUCUUGGUACCUCACGAUACGAUUUGCGGUACAAAGCUCACGAUAAUGAUCUGAUGAUAUGGCAAUACAGUGGUCAAGAAAUCAUUCUAGGAUAUUCUACAAACAACUAUUAAACAGAAAAACAGAAUUUGAAUGAGUUUAUCAUUAGUAGACGUACAAUCCAUUUGAACUGGGAGGGUGGCAGCGAAUAAACAUUCUUUCAUUCGCUGCCAUCCCUCCCACUUCAAAUGAAUUGAAUGUCUAUGGUUGUCAGUGGCAGCCAAUGUCAGGCAACGAGGUAAUUUUGGGCCAUUUAAGGUCAUUUACCUGUUCAUUUUCAGUUACUUCCUGUUGAUUUUGGGGUAUUUUAU